GUAGUAUGUCACUUCCUUAGCAACCCACAUUCCCGAAAGUGUUUAUAGUUACCAAUGUUAAUGUCCGCGAUGGCUCAUCUAAUUGGCAAGAAGAAAUCUUUGUGGCAACAGAUAUGUGAAGAGUACGAGUCGGAACAGCCCUGCCCACCGGGAGAUGUCUGGACAGAUAGCAGUUCCGUGAGCACCGAAGUGUCGCAGUACAGCGCAAGCAAACACACGCCCGUUUUCUACGGGCUUAUGCCUGCAAAGGUAGCAGUCGAUGAUAAUCCAUUCGGGGAAGUGGACCCACUGCUAAGUCACCCUGCACUGGCCGGAUACUCCAUACUGGAGAAGCCCCUGCCAUCCCAACGCUGUGGCCCCCACUCCUCCCCUUCCACCAGCCCAUCUGUGCUUCAGCAAGGCUCGACCACACAGUACCUAGAAGAGAGGGUUUUCCCAGUGUUGCUGCCUGGACUAGAGGCUAUGCUGAAGGAGGCUGAGAAACACCAGUGUCUGGAGAGGAAGAGAACCCGGUUUAACCCCUGCGACUUCCUGACUGAGUGGCUGUACAAUCAGAACCCAUGCAGACUGCGACAGGGGCCUCCGUUGGACUUUGCAGAGAUCCCUUUUGUCCGGGAUUGGCUGAAACAGCACCCCCGGCCGCCCGUCCCCCUGUCCCUGAGGCUGUCUGACGCGGAGGCUGCACUGCUGGUGCAGUCCUUUUGGAGGGGGUAUAAGGUACGGGCGCGUGAGGAUGUUCAGGAGCUCAGGCAGUGGCAGAAGGACUUGAGGGAGGAGAGCCGUGACAUCAGCCUGACGGUGCAGGAGUUCUGGGCCCGACAGGAGAGCAGGGUGGGGCAGGAGAUCGAGGACCAGGACGCCGCUCAGCUCAACAGCUCGGGGGUGUCCAUCCUGGUGCUGUCCCCCACCCCGCAGAGCACCACCGGACAGUCCCCUACCGUGGAGACCGCGGAGGCCCUUACCCCGUCUGCGCAGCCGACCGUGAAAACUGGAGAGGCUCUCACCCCGUCUGCGCAGCCGACCGUGGAAACUGGAGAGGCUCUCGCCCCGUCUGCGCAGCCGACCGUGAAAACUGGAGAGGCUCUCACCCCGUCUGCGCAGCCGACCGUGGAAACUGGAGAGGCUCUCACCCCAUCUGCGCAGCCGACCAUGAAAACUGGAGAGGCUCUCACCCCGUCUGCGCAGCCGACCGUGGAAACCAUAAAAAGCCUCACCCCGUCUGCGCAGCUGACCGUGGAAACCGCGGAGGCCCUGACGCCGUCUGCGCAGAGCGCUGGCUCGUCCGCCGCGGCUGCGCUAAGCUCCGCGUCCCCGGCUUUGCCCGCACACAUGGCUGCGUUCUCCCCCUCUCUGCAGGGCACGAACACCCGGCCCCGAAACACUGCAGCAGGCAAGGGCGCUACUGACUGAGCGUACGCUGUGUACCAGCCCACACAUUAACGCCGCUAGCACGCUGCGCUCCGAUUACCACACGCUAACACAACCAGCACGCUACGUCGCGAUAACAAUACACUGGUACCAUCAGCAAGCUACGCUGUGAUAGCAAUACAGUGAUACCGUUAGCAUGCUAUGCUCCGAUAAUGACACACGCAUACUCUUAGCACACUACUCUGAUAAUUACAUGCAAAUACCAUUAGCACGCUAUGUCCUGAUAAUGGCAAAUUGAUACUGUUAGCACACUAUGCUGGGAUAAUUACACACUCAUUGCACUUCGAUGUGAAAAGGACGCACUGAUACCAUUAGCACGCCAUGUCCUGAUAAUGAUGCAUUCAUAAUAUUAGCACACUACGCUGUGAUAUUGACACUGUUGGCACACUGUGUGCUUAUAAUGACACAUUAAAACUGUCCACACACUAUGCAUUCGUGGAAGUUUAAUACACAUUAACUACCUAUCCACAAUCUCUUCUCAAAGCCUACUAACGACCAUACAAAAUAAGUCUCAAUUUAUUUUUAAGCAUUUUUAGCUGCCAACCAUUUAGUCUAGAAAAUGCAGUCGAUAACAGCGCUUCUACAACGUGAUGAUAAAAAAAGUGAAACCUGAAUGAUUACGAUCAACUAGGUAGUCUGGUUAGUUACUCUGACUAGUUUGUCUAGUUUUCAUGGUUAUGGAUCAUCAACAGGACAGAAAAGAC